AUGAGCAUCGACGCUCCUCCAAUCAGCUCGGAGCAUAUCGUCAUCAAUGAUGACGAUGCCGAGGAGCUGAUGCCCAUAGACCAUCAGUCCAAAGGGGUCCAGACGAUUCAGGACUCAUCAGAUGACAAGCCGAUUGCUGCUAGAUGUCUGCGCCGCAACGUUCGCCCAUCAACCCAUGAGACCAUCAGGCACUUGCCAAUCAAGCCUACGAAGAAGACCGACAAGAGACCAGGUCCAGGCACCCAUGGAUCCAAGCCCAUUAAGAAAAAUGAUAUGAAGGCUGAAAAGGCCAUCAGCAAGGAGAUCGAAACCUACUGGGGCAAACACUUCAUCAAGUCCUACAUUCCCAAGUCAUGGCGGAGGGCAUCAAUCGACCAGUGGGGCCGUCCGAUGGUGACGCCUCUGCAGGGUUUUGGCGACUACGGUGGCUACGGUCGCAGCUAUGGUGACUAUAACGGUUACAGCGGCUAUCCACCAUACGGUCAACCACCAUUCUCUGUCCAUGGCCGCCAGCCACCCAUGAUGACCCCAUCGUUCAGCACUCCAGGUCAUGAGCGCCGUGGUCGCGAGUUCCCUAAGAUCAAGCGCGAGUCUCCCGGCAUCGAGGAACAGGGCAACGACAUUGGCAACCCAGUGUUUCUUGAUCGUGAGGAAGUCAUGGUGGAAGAAGCUGCUGUCGCUGGAGAAGAUGAGUAUGAUGACAUCGAUGCGGAAGUGGCUGCUGCGGAAGCAGAGCUCAAACUUGCACGUCUCCGCGCUAAGAAGGCCCGGAUGGCGGGAAAGUAG